AUGGCGCUGUCGAGCCCAGAUGAAGAGCGCAGCGUCCAUUUGGCGAAGAUGAUGCAUUUCAAUAGAAAAGAGUUUGCUUUUGGUCUGAAUUCCAAACGCACUUCCCCGUGGUCUAACAUCAUCCUUAUUUCAGGUAUAUGGGCAGUGUCUGCCGGUGGCGGAUCCGAAGGAGUGACCACCACACGCAUCCCAGACGGCGUCACAGUCCUUCCGAAUGUCAGCCGCGUCAGCCUGGAAGAGGUGUCAGCCAAAGAGGGCAGUGGGAAGAGAGAGGAGCCCUACUUUGACGCGUCCAUGUCGUCCCUGUACACAGCUUAUCUGGGCAAGACCGCCACACUCACCUGCGUCGUCCAUGCGGCCAAGACGGACAAGUCGGUGUCAUGGAUCCGAGGCCGCGACCUGCGCAUCCUGACGGUGGGCGGCUACACGUACACGACGGACCUGCGCUUCGAGGCCCUCCACCAGCAGGCCAGCUCGGAGUGGACGCUGAGGAUCAAGUCGGUGCAGCUGCGGGACCAGGGCGGCUACGAGUGCCAGAUCGCCACCAAGCCCAUCCGGACCUUCAGCGUCUUCCUCAAGGUCGUGGAGCCGACGGUGGAGGUGAUCGGCGCGCCCGACAUCUACGUGAACACGGAGAGCAUGAUCAACCUGACGUGCGUCGUGCACCACGCCCCCUACCCCCCCGAGGCCAUUACCUGGUACCACGGGAAUCAGACGAUCAGCUACACGUCAGAGCGCGGCGGCGUGAGCGUUGUGGAGGAGCGAGGCGAAACCACUUCCAGCUUCCUCCUCCUUCAGAAUGCCCGCUCCUCGGACUCGGGCAUCUUCACCUGCCAACCCGAGGGCAUGGAGUCCGCUCAGGUGGCCCUUCAUGUGCUGGACGGAGAGCGGCCGGCAGCGAUGCAGACCAACUCGAGCAGCAUCAGCACACCAAGAUUCUCGGCGCUGCUCGUCGUCGUCGUCCUCGCGAGCACUGUCGUUUUAUGA